GAAUACUCCUAACCUCUUUUAAACGGUUUGUGCAUUGAAAGGGUAAGACAUGCUGUAAAGUUUGUCAAGGUCUCUCCAGCAAGGAAGCGAAGGUUUAAAGAUCUUGCUCAAAAAUUUAAUGUUGAAAGCAAAUGUUACUUGUGUCUUGAUGACCCUACCAAUUGGAACUCUACCUAUAUGAUGUUAGAAACGGCAAUGAAAUUUCAACGUGUUUUUAGUGCGUUAAAUCUACCUGAUGAGAUGGGUGUUUCACUUAACGAAAGACCUCCUGAUGCUCAUGAUUGGAAAAAAAUAGAGAGAUUGGUUGUGUUCUUGGAGGGUUUCUACUUGUUUACUCGCCGCAUUUCCAAUUCACUCUAUGUGACAAGUAACAAAGGUCUAUAUGAAAUUAUGGCUUUAAACGAUAUAUUGAAAAAGUGGGUGCAAAAUGUGGAUCUUGAUUUUCAAGCUAUGGCAAUUUCAAUGAAACAAAAGUAUGAUAAAUAUUGGGGCAACGUGGAGAAAAUGAACAUGUUGAUUUAUAUUGCCGUGAUUCUUGAUCCACAUUCCAAGUUAAUAGGUGUUCAAUUGAUACUUAUGGAUAUGUAUGGUAAGGAAAAAGGCGAGGAGUUGGCUAAUGCUGUGAAGAAUUAUGCUUAUUCUUUAUUCGAGGAGUAUAGAAGCAUGCAUUCCUCUUUGGUACCUGAAAGUAGGCAAAACAUUGAAUUGUCGCCAAUGGAGGAGGAUGGUUUAGGAAGUUUUGUUGACUACAUGAAAAGUCUCAAGGAUAGAGUUACGAUGAUGAAAGGAACUAGUGGGUGUAUGAUAAGUGAGUUUGAUAGGUAUUUGAAUGAACAAAUUGGAGAGAAAGAAGAAUCGGAUACUUUAUCAUGGUGGGGUAAUAAUGGACAUCGGUUCCCGAUCGUUUCACGAAUGGCACGGGACAUAUUAGCCAUUCCAUUAUCGACAAGUUUUAGUGUGGGAGGUUGUCAGCUUGAUCCGUAUAGGAGUGCUCUGCCUCCCAUGAUGGUACAAACUCUUGUAUGUGCACAAGACUGGCUUCGACCGAAAGGAGAACAGAGAGUUGAUCUGGAGGAAACUUUGCCAGAAUUAUUAGAACUUGAGGAAGAAUUCGAAAAUAACAACUUGGAGGAAGAUGUUGUGAACGUGGAUCCUUUAAUAUGAACAGUGGAUCAAGAAAGAUAUUGGAGUCAUUAGUCAUGGACUCUAUGAUGAACUAGAGGUUCUCUAUAAUGUAGUACAUGCUUUGUUUUGUUUGUAAUUUCGAACAUUGCUAUGUUUUUUUAACCUCAAUAUGCUCAUCUGAGUUGAUACUACUUGA